AUGUUGAUUUUCUCAUUCUUCAAAACACUCACGGAUCAAGUCAUAACAGUAGAAUUAAAGAAUGAUCUCUCAAUAACGGGUACACUGAAAUCUGUUGAUCAAUUCCUCAAUAUCCGAUUAGAUGGUAUUUCAGUUGAAGAUCCAGAACGACAUCCUCAUAUGCUCGCUGUCAAAAACUGUUUUAUCAGAGGAUCAGUGGUACGAUACGUCAGGAUGGCAUCGAGAUCGGUGGAUACUACUUUAUUGGAAGAUGCGACCAGACGAGAGGCUAAAGAAGCCAAGAAGUAA